UCGUGGGCUGUGCGAUUGCUGCGACGGUUGGGUCCGGCCAAAGCUAUAGGCGUUCAUAAUUCGGUCUUGCAUUUUAUUUUAUGAAUGAAUAAUAUUGCCUCUUGAUAUGAAAAAGCAAGGGACUUUUGCUAACGUAGUCAAAUUCCACCACAACGUGCAUGGACAUCAACAGGACAGCCCUAUGUCUAGGUAUACUGGAUUGCAGUACUCCAAAAGAGCACCGGACAGUGUUAACCUCAGCAGUGGUUUAAGAACAUUGAGACUGCCAGCACCCAGUCGACAUAUGAAAACCAUUCACAUACCCAAGACUAUGGCAAAGGCUCCCUAUCUAGCGAACUCUUAUCUGACACCUGGUCAGAGGCGGUACCUGCAUACCAUUGCAGACACCUGCAGCAUGGAGCAUGUGCACAAGCUCAUUCAGCAGCACUAUAUGAACGUGUUGCACAGGUGUAUUCAAGCAGGCCAACAUCUGGUGAAGGAUGACAUAAUGGAGAACCUGGAGGUUGAGUCAUUGCCCUAUGAACAUGAGAGUGAGAUUCAGAAACACUCUGGUCCAAAGAACCGUGAACGGAAAGGUUCCGUGCUUUCUGGGAAAACCACUCUCCCGAAAAUCCCCAAUCGACAUUUGAGGACAUUCUCUGACAACUCGCCGUCAAAACAGAGGAAGGCCAAGAAGCACACUGCUAACAGAGUCGCCACGAUGAAAAAACCCAAGCCUAGACGGUUCGAGCUGUGGAAGGAUGACCUGCCCUUUGACCUGGAAGCAGAUGACUCGCUGAGUGAAUGCCUGAGCUCACUGUCUAUGAGGGAGGAAGAGUAUGAUCACAUGGGAUUGACAGCAUCCCCUGUCAAUUUACCUGAUUUAUGAGAACACACU